AGUUGUCUAGAAAAAAUAGAGAUAGAGACAUGUAAUACACAGGGGCAUCAUUGUUUAUUAUCAACUUUUGAAGGACAUUGGAAACUGUAGGUAGCAUCCCUCUCACAUACCUCACAUAACACUGUAGAGUUCAAGAAAGCUAAGACAUGUCUAGCAAUGGGGUGAGUACUUUUGCUUAAAAUUCUCCCAUGUUAGUGGGAUGCCUUGGUUCCUGCUUGGAAGGGGGGAUCGGUGAGGAAGAAGCACCCCGCAGGACACGGUUCCCGCUUGGAAGGGGGGGUGGGGGACGGACAGAGCACACCGCAGGGCAGGUUUCCCGCUUGGAAGGGGGGGUGGGGGACGGACAGAGCACACCGCAGGGCAGGUUUCACGCUUGGAAGGGGGGGUGGGGGACGGACAGAGCACACCGCAGGGCAGGUUUCACGCUUGGAAGGGGGGGUGGGGGACGGACAGAGCACACCGCAGGGCAGGUUUCACGCUUGGAAGGGGGGAUCGGUGAGGAAGAAGCACCCCGCAGGACACGGUUCCCGCUUGGAAGGGGGGGUGGGGGACGGACAGAGCACACCGCAGGGCAGGUUUCCCGCUUGGAAGGGGGGGUGGGGGACGGACAGAGCACACCGCAGGGCAGGUUUCACGCUUGGAAGGGGGGGGUGGGGGACGGACAGAGCACACCGCAGGGCAGGUUUCCCGCUUGGAAGGGGGGAUCGGUGAGGAAGAAGCACCCCGCAGGACACGGUUCCCGCUUGGAAGGGGGGGUGGGGGACGGACAGAGCACACCGCAGGGCAGGUUUCCCGCUUGGAAGGGGGGGUGGGGGACGGACAGAGCACACCGCAGGGCAGGUUUCACGCUUGGAAGGGGGGGUGGGGGACGGACAGAGCACACCGCAGGGCAGGUUUCACGCUUGGAAGGGGGGAUCGGUGAGGAAGAAGCACCCCGCAGGACACGGUUCCCGCUUGGAAGGGGGGGUGGGGGACGGACAGAGCACACCGCAGGGCAGGUUUCCCGCUUGGAAGGGGGGGUGGGGGACGGACAGAGCACACCGCAGGGCAGGUUUCACGCUUGGAAGGGGGGGUGGGGGACGGACAGAGCACACCGCAGGGCAGGUUUCCCGCUUGGAAGGGGGGAUCGGUGAGGAAGAAGCACCCCGCAGGACACGGUUCCCGCUUGGAAGGGGGGGUGGGGGACGGACAGAGCACACCGCAGGGCAGGUUUCCCGCUUGGAAGGGGGGAUCGGUGAGGAAGAAGCACCCCGCAGGGCAGGUUUCCCGCUUGGAAGGGGGGGUGGGGGACGGACAGAGCACACCGCAGGGCAGGUUUCCCGCUUGGAAGGGGGGGUGGGGGACGGACAGAGCACACCGCAGGGCAGGUUUCCCGCUUGGAAGGGGGGGUGGGGGACGGACAGAGCACACCGCAGGGCAGGUUUCCCGCUUGGAAGGGGGGGGUGGGGG